GGAGCAUGAGGUACCUCCGCGCCAAGGGCAUCCGCAAGGCGCUGCGCCAGUUCCACUUCCUGUGCGGCAUCAAGCCGCCCUACAAGGUGCUGCUGGAUGGCAACUUCAUCGCCAUGUGCGUGCAGAUGAAGGUGGACGUGCAGGAGCGCGUGCCCAAGUUCCUGCAGGUCAAGGCGCACGAGGUCGAGUUCUACGUGCCGCGCGCGGCGCUGGAGGAGCUCAAGAUGCUGGGCGAGGCCACCAAGGAGGCCUACGAGCUGGCGCAGAACUUCAAGGUGGCGGAGGUCUACGACCAGCCAAAGACGGACGGCGACGCGCCCGUGGACGUGUCCAAGGUCGUGCAGAGCAUCAUCGGAGACAAGAACGACCGCAAGUUCGUCGUGUGCACGCAGGAGGUGGAGCUGCGCAAGGCCCUGCGCCUGGUGCCUGGAGUGCCGCUCAUCUACCUGAACCGCUCGGUGCUCGUGUUCGAGGACAUCUCGCGCGCGACGCUGGCCAUCGUGCGGCAGGACGAGAAGGCCAACAUGGCCAAGCUGGACGUCAACGAGAAGCGCAAACUGGAGCAGAUGCAGGGAGGCGAGGAAGGCGAGGACCACGAAGAGAAGCAGCGACUCACGAAGAAGCGUGCUAAGGGGCCCAACCCGCUGUCCAUGAAGAAGUCGACCAAGAAGAAGGUUCGCGCCAAGAAGAAAGAGAACUGA